AUGCGUCUCAUCCUAUUCUUGAGUUUUAUAGUCGCUAUUCGCUGUGGCCAAUCCGGUUCAGGCAGUUAUGGAGGCAGCGGCGGAGGUGGAAGCGGUGGCGAUAUGGGUAGCGGCGGAAGCAGUGGAGGUGGCGGCUACGCCAUGGCACCUCCAUCGUCAUUCGCAGCGGAUAGUCCCGUUGCUCCUCCUCCACCAAUGCCUUCUUCAGAUUCAGCAGGAGCCGGAAUGACAUCUCAACCUUCCUCAGGAGGAUACCAGUCCCCACCUCCAUUAGGAGGAUACCAACCACCAGCUCCACCAACGGGAGGUGCUCCUCUUCCUGCUCCUCCUCCGGCUCCACCUUCACCAUCUCAACCUCCUGCAGGAGGAUACCAAUCACCGCAGCCACCAUCAGGAGGAUAUCAGCAGGGAGGCGCCCCUCCUCCUGCUCCACCUCCUCCUCCUCCACCAUCACCACCAGCAGGAGGACACCAAUCACCGCAGCCACCAUCUGGAGGAUAUCAGCAAGGAGGCGCCCCUCCUCCUGCUCCACCACCACCUCCUCCUCCUCCACCAUCACCACCAGCAGGAGGAUACCAGUCGUCACCACAACCACCAUCUGGAGGAUACCAGGGAGGCGCCCCUCCUCCUGCUCCACCACCACCUCCUCCUCCUCCACCAUCACCACCAGCAGGAGGAUACCAGUCGUCACCACAACCACCAUCUGGAGGAUACCAGGGAGGCGCCCCUCCUCCUGCUCCACCUCCUCCUCCUCCACCAUCACCACCAGCAGGAGGACACCAAUCACCGCAGCCACCAUCUGGAGGAUAUCAGCAAGGAGGCGCCCCUCCUCCUGCUCCACCACCACCUCCUCCUCCUCCACCAUCACCACCAGCAGGAGGAUACCAGUCGUCACCACAACCACCAUCUGGAGGAUACCAGGGAGGCUCACCCCCUCCUGCUCCACCUCCUCCUCCUCCACCAUCACCACCAGCAGGAGGAUACCAAUCACCGCAGCCACCAUCUGGAGGAUAUCAGCAAGGAGGCGCCCCUCCUCCUGCUCCACCACCACCUCCUCCUCCACCAUCUCCACCAGCAGGAGGAUAUCAGUCACCACAGCCACCAUCUGGAGGAUAUCAGCAGCCAGCUCCACCAACUGGAGGAGCUCCACCUCCUGCUCCUCCACCUCCACCACCAUCUCAGCCACCAGCAGGAGGAUACCAGUCGGCGCAGCCUCCGUCAGGUGGACCUGCACCACCAAGCGGUAGCGGCUAUGCUGUGGCUCCUCCUUCCUAUGGCUCAUCUCCAUCAGGUCCAUCUCCACCCGCAAGUGGAUAUGCUAAUGCUGGCGGCUCUCAAAGACGUGUACACAAGAAAUUCAGGCUUGUGCGAAGGCUGCAUGCCAAGCGAAGAAUGUUCCAUCAUCAUGUUUAA